CGUGUGUCGGUCGACCCGCCCCUGCUCGCCAUUUCUUCAGCAUCUUAAAAGUUGAGCGCGACGUGAAGACGUCGUCGACGCGAGCGGACCGUCGCCAUACCUCGGCUGUGCUCCGGAGGGACGGAUAGGGAAGGUGGGGAGGCCGAGCGUGUUGUCCCCGCUGCGCCAAGUGCGACUCCGGAGGGUGGAGCGACCCCCGCCGUCCUCCAUGGCCACAUUCGCAUUCCCGCCCGUGGUUCUGCGCCAGUGUGCGGACGCUGCCGGUCGAACGACGCGCUGAUCUGGGAACAUCUCAGGCGGCUUGGGUUGGAGAUGUGGACCCGCCUGGAGCGCGGGGGCCUGGGGGUCUGCUGCUCCUUGUCCGUCAUGCUGACGCUGGUCAGCGGGGCGCAAAGCGCCAACGAGCCGAGCAAUAUGUCGUUCGUGAAGGCCACCGUGGACAAGCUGCUGAAAGGAUACGACAUUCGUCUGCGGCCUGAUUUUGGAGGUGCCCCGGUGGAUGUGGGCAUGCGCAUUGACGUCUCCAGCAUCGACAUGGUGUCCGAGGUCAACAUGGACUACACCAUCACCAUGUACUUCCAACAGUCCUGGCGAGACAAGCGUCUGUCCUACACUGGCAUUCCUCUCAACCUCACCCUGGACAACCGGGUGGCUGACCAGCUGUGGGUCCCUGACACAUACUUUAUUAACGACAAAAAGUCCUUUGUCCACGGAGUGACUGUGAAGAACCGAAUGAUCAGACUGCACCCUGAUGGAACGGUGCUCUAUGGUCUCAGAAUCACCACAACAGCAGCCUGCAUGAUGGAUUUGCGCAGAUACCCACUGGACGAGCAGAACUGUACCCUGGAGAUUGAGAGUUAUGGCUACACUACUGAUGAUAUUGAGUUCUACUGGCAGGGAGGAAGCAAUGCAGGAUCAGUGACUGGAGUGGAGAACAUUGAGUUACCCCAAUUUUCAAUCAUAGACUACCAAACGCUGUCCACAAAAGCUGUGUUUGCCACAGGUUCGUAUCCUCGGCUUUCAUUGAGCUUCAAGCUGAAACGAAACAUCGGUUAUUUUAUCCUGCAAACCUACAUGCCCUCCAUCCUGAUCACUAUCUUGUCAUGGGUCUCCUUCUGGAUCAACUAUGAUGCCUCAGCUGCCAGAGUCGCUUUGGGCAUAACUACGGUGCUGACCAUGACCACCAUAAAUACCCACCUAAGGGAGACACUUCCUAAGAUUCCAUACGUCAAGGCAAUCGAUAUCUACUUGAUGGGCUGCUUUUUCUUUGUUUUCCUGGCUUUACUGGAAUACGCCUUUGUCAACUAUAUUUUCUUCGGUCGAGGUCCUCACCUGCAGAAGAAAGUGGCGGAAAAGGCCGCCAAGUCCAUCAUUGACAAUAAGAGCAGACUGGAGAGCAGCAAAGUACAGGUUGAUGCCCAUGGAAACAUCCUUCUGACCAAUCUGACGGGCGACAUGGGGGGAGCUGACAUCAUUGGCACUCUGAACGACCCCCGGGCCCCAAUGUUCUCCUACGAUAGAGCCACCAUACAGUACCGCAAGCCCAUGACCAGCCGAGACCUGUAUGGACGACCAGCCAUUGAGAGGCCGGUGGGCCACAAGAAGGGCCAACUAAGGAGGAGAGCCUCACAACUCAAAGUCAAGAUCCCAGACCUUACAGAUGUCAAUUCCAUAGACAAGUGGUCACGUGUUGUUUUCCCCAUUGCAUUUACCUUUUUCAAUCUGGUCUACUGGCUUUACUACGUCCACUAGGUUUGCGAUGGGAAGUCUGAGUGGCAGGAAUGACACGGGAUUCUACUUUGUGCUUAUAAAAAGCCUGUUUUGGGGCAAGGAACAUGGACUCCUUUAGAUUAAAUACUAUUAAUUAUGCAGUAUUUAUGUAAAUAAUGUAUAUAAUAUAUAUGCUAUAAUUUAUUAAGGAUCAUACUUUGAAUCCAACCGCAACAUGCAUAGAAACGGAGGUAAGUGUUUUGUGUACAAAUAGAUGAAAAGGAGCUGUGACCCAGUUAUCUGCCAUCUGGCUUUGUGCACGUUAACAGAAGACCGCUUUGACUUUCUUUCAGGGUAAAGAUGGAAAGAAAAGGAAGUCCAGCGCAAAAACUGCAGGGUAACGUUCAUCUCACUGGAAAAAUGUUAUGUUUACUUGAGGUGCUUUGACUGGCCUGGCAGUCGUUACUAACACUGACUAAGCCAUGCUUCUUUUUUUUUACCAGACAUACAGUAAGUGUCUACCACCUGACCGGAGAUGGUCCAAUGUCGUCGAUUCUUUAUUGUGAAAGGGGGGUCACAACAACAGUUACAGUAUAUAAUGGGUUAUACUUUUCUGCCUUCAAGGUACUCAAAGCACUUUCACUAUUUCCACAUUCACACACUGAUGGCCAUGCAAGGCCCUAACCACUACCCAUCAGGAGCAAAGGUGAAGUGUCUUGCUCAAGGACACAACGGACGUGACGAGGUUGGUAGAAGGUGGGGAUUGAACCAGGAACCCUCAGGUUGCUGGCACGGCCACUCGCUCAACCGCGCUACGCCGUCCCCAUAAUCUAUUGCUGUAUAGAUACAGUAUGAAGGGGAUUCGUACGGCCCCACCCGUCACCGUUUACAUGAAUUGGGGAGGCGGGCUUAUCCACCAGAUGGCAGUAGAGUGUUGAAUCCCCUAAAAUUCGUUUUGUGGCAAGUCCACAGCGUGGCGCUUUCCAUCAUUUCAGCAGACUGCAUUGCCAAAUGAUUAACCGCCCGCCUCUUCCUCUCAUGCGAUAUCCACCCAGGAACGAGCCAUAUGAAUCCCUUACCUACUGUAUGCUUUUAUAUGAAUGAAUGAAGUUUUGGAUUGUCAUGUCUUUCAGAUGUAUCGAUCCGUUGUGGUGAAGAAGGAGCUGAGCCGGAAGGCAAAGCUCUCAAUUUACCGGUCGAUCUACGUUCCCAUCCUCACCUAUGGUCAUGAGCUUUGGGUUAUGACCGAAAGGACAAGAUUACGGGUACAGGCGGCCGAAAUGAGUUUCCUCUGCCGGGUGGUGGGGCUCUCCCUUAGAGAUAGGGUGAGAAGCUCUGCCAUCAGGGGGGAGCUCAAAUUAAAGCCGCUGCUCCUCCACAUCCAGAGGAGCCAGAUGAGGUGGUUUGGGCAUCUGGUCAGGAUGCCACCCGAACGCCUCCCUAGGGAGGUGUUUAGGGCACGUCCGACCGGUAAGAGGCCACGGGGAAGACCCAGGACAUGUUGGUAAGACUAUGUCUCCCGGCUGGCCUGGGAACGCCUCAGGAUCCCCCGGGAAGAGCUGGACGAAGUGGCUGGGGAGAGGAAAGUCUGGGCUUCUCUGCUUAGGCUGCUGCCCCGGUGACCCAACCUCGGAUAAGCGGAAGAAGAUGGAUGGAUGGAUGGAUGGAUGGAUGGAUAGACGUCUUUCAGACAGACAAGUUGAGCAGCACCGGAACAUCAUUUAAAAAAGAAUAAUGACAACUAGACAGCCUAAUGUAAAAAUAUAAAGGUAUCAAUCAGUGGGACACAUAAACUAAGUUCUAUCCAUCCCACAGUCGUAGUUCGGCUUGUCAGUUGAAUGGUGGCUCUCGCCCUUGGACAGAAGCGGUUUUUUUAGUCCGUUUGUGUUGCUUUCCACGGCCAGUGUAGAAGUCAGUGAGAGCAGCAUGUUCCUGUUUCUGUUCUUUCGAGGGCAGUUGGUAAACCACACAUUGCAGCGGCACAUCAGAGUUCUUUCUGUCACUGGCCUGUGGAAGUUAGUGAGCACAGGCGGUCCCUUCUCCUGCUAGGUCUUCCCUAGCCGAUGUUCCAUGAAAGGUCUGCCCAGGAACCUGAUUAUUGUCCACUCUCUGUCAGACAUCAGUCUGGUACUGGAUCGCCUCUCUGUAUCAUCGGCAAACUUAACGGUGGUGUUAGUGGGGUCUGAGGGGGAACAAUCAUGGGUGACAAUGGAGAAGAGCAUUGGGCUCAGGACACAUCCCUGUGGUGUGCCUGUGCUGAGAUAGAGGGUUGAGGAGAUGUAUUUGUAGUGGUUUCCUGGUUUAAUCCUGGCUGUUUGAGGUCAUGUUGAGGUGGCCCUGGGCAAGACACUGAACACGUAACUGCUCCUGAUGGGUCGUGGUUAGCACCUUAAUGUGAAAUGACAAUAAAAGCCUACUGUAUUCUAUUUCCCCAUGUGGACGGUUUUUGAGAAAGCCCAUUGAAUUGCCCAGACUGAGGUCAUUUAUUGUCUACACUAACUAAUGUGGGAUGGACUGUACUGAAGACUGAGCUGCAGUCUGCGUGGAAUUGGGGAGGGUCAUUGGUCAGCAGACAGAACCGGUUCAAUGUGGGUUUGACUCGUCUAAGGUGGACCCUGCCUUCUGCCCCAGUGCAUCUGGGAUAGGUUCCAGCCCCCUUGUGACCCAGAGAGCGGUAGAAAAUGGAUGGCUGGAUGGAUAGCAACUUGUUUGUUUGCUAUGACAUUGAGGUAUAGGGCACUUGAAGUGUGUUGGAUACUGGAAUUAGUAGGGCCCCAGCAAGAGCCCUAUUGAAAUUGCUGUUUGGGCGCCUUUUUGAGGCCCUUAACAUGUACACAAAGUCCCCAUAUUUUGCAGGCGUGUCAGGAAAGGCGAAAAAUGUUACAUUUUGAAGGUCUGAAAACGACAUUUCUAAAUCCCUAGCGCCACCUUUAAAAUCAGAACACAUUAGCCCCUCCUACCAGUAUCACCUAUGGACACAACAAUGGCAGGAGAUGUUUAUCAUGACGGGAACCACAUAAAAGUGUCAGGAUCCCAUACCUGAAAAGGAACAGGAAGUUGGCCAUCUUGGUUUUGUGUCUUCCAUUCUUCGGUGGUACUUUAACAGACUUUAACCGAAUCAGUAGCGCUUACAAUGACAGAUACUACACUUAUAGGCCAUGAUAAAUAGAGGAAUAUAUUUCUUACGCCAUGAGAUGUGGGCGUGGUAUGGCGCCAAACUUUGCCCCGAUGUUUUUGGCCAUUUUUUGGCGAAAAAAAGGGGUGGGACUUUAACAAACUCCUAGAGACUUUGACCAAGUGAGUCGUGGGUACAAUUACAGAUACUACACAUGAGGCGAUGAUAAAUUGAUCAUAAUCAAAAAUUGGUCCGAUACUUUGCCACAAAACACGAAACGUUGAUAACUCGGCUCCACAAAUCCAGAUCUUGAUCUUAUUUGGUAGAAAUGGCGACGAUGACACCCUGAAGUGCCCGAUGGGUCAGUACCUGUUCCUACCUAUGCGUAGUGGGUGGAGCCUAACGACGAAAACUAUACCACGCCAUCACCAAUCUAACUGUCGUUUCUGCACUUUAGGUGAUCAGGGACAGAUACUAAACUGAUGGGUGAUGACAAAUUAAUGUUUUGCAAAUGACAGGAUGUGGGCGUGGCAUGGCACCAAACUUUGAUCUAACGGUUCGCCACAAAACACGAAACGUUAAUAACUCGGUUUCACGAGUUCAAAUCUUGCUAUAUUUGUAUCCUUUGUUUUACCACUCAGAUUUAAACCUUUGCCAAAAGUUGCACUCCAUUUUCAAUAUUGGAAAGGUGCUGCUGUGUCUGGUGUCCAAACAAUAAUAGAGUAUUCAUUUGGUAUUGAAGAUAUAGUGUGGAUAUCUGACACAUGAAAAAGUGGUAUCGGGCCAUGGUAUCACCCACCAUUAGAGUUGUCAUACAGUACGUCUGCUACAUCAGCUGCAGAUUGUCCUGUUUGGUUAUUAGUUCAAACUAUUUUAAGACUCUUAUUUCUUUCAUUCACUUUGCAUUUAGUGUGUUUAUAAUAACACAGAACUUAGGAACAAUAGUAUCUCUUUCCUUAAACUUUUUCAGUCGGAGGCCUGCGAGGACGAACUUUUUCAGUUGCUUGAGCAACUACACUCUUGUUGUUUUCUCACAUAUUACAAUGCAUGCAACAACUGUAAAUACUGUAUGUCUGAUGGGAUACAUUGUGGUCAUCUACAGUACAACCGCAUAUUUAUAGUUCCGUUAAGAUUGUGCUUAUUGCAUGCGCAGGUUACUGCUUUUCAACUGUCAUUUUUGCUUGAUUCCGAAAAUCAUUACAUACACAGAAUAAAGGUUAAACUGGAACACUGAUAUUUUCGCAAAAAAAAUAAAUAAACAAAUGAAAAUGUCAAUUAAAUUUGCACCAAAUGUA